AAGCGAAGUCGGCUCGCCUCAGAAAUAAAUUGGUCGUUUUGACGUCGCGGAGGAGCAUCGUUUUGAGCACCUGACACACGCACACACGCGCGCGCACGCACACACUGGAGCCUCUCUCUCUCUCACAGUUCGUCCCUCACGCAGGAGUGUAUCACAGGAGACUAACAGAGGUCCCAGCGGUGUGUGUAUGUUAUGUUGGACAGCGUGUGAAAUGACUACACACUACCGCACAUCCAGCGCUCCCAACUCUGCGCCUCAGGAACGGACUAACGGAUUCUUCAGAACUUCCACUUCAUAAAUCCUCAUUAAACACGUUUCUGACUGGACCAGAGGAGUGAGAGAGGAACAGAACAGCGGAGGAAGAAAAGAACUGAAGAUUUUUCACCAAAAACUGUCAGUUUUUUCUCUUUUGUGCCCUUUUAACCGUUUUUUAAACGCUGGACUGUACUACAGAUGCCAGUAGGACUUGUGCGCGAGCUUCCCGCCGCCCUGCCUGCUCUCUGUUCUCCCAGCUCGUGAAUUCCCUCGCGCUCCUUUAAACGUUCAGUUCCAGGAGGUGAGGAAAGUCCUGAGAGAAUGUCGAGUCGUGGGGUGAAGCAUGAGCUGCCGCUGUAUUGCUUUUAGACUGGCCUAUCUGAUGUGUCCAUGGGAGUGUAUUGUGCUAAGCCUUCACUGCUGGGUUCUAGCCUCUGCUGCAGGCUCCCGUGAUGCCGCUGGUACAUUUGGAUGGCUCCUUUCAGACAAAGGGCCUUUUCAUCACUCUCAGGAAUUUGCAGAGUUUGUGGAGCGCUACCAACAGGGCUUCACCACCAAGUACAAAAUUUACAGAGAGUUCGGACGCUGGAAGGUGAACAGCUUGGCUCUGGAAAGAGAGGACAAUGGCAUUCCUUUCCCCCUCGACCCAGAGUUCAUGCAGACCAUCAGGCAGCUGGGCCGACGUCCCACCCUCAGUACCAUCACUGAGAAUAUCAUCCGGAAAUAUGGAACACACUUCCUGCUCUCAGCUACAUUGGGAGGUGAAGAGGCUUUAACUAUAUUUGUAGACAAGAGGAGGCUGAGCCGGACAGCAGACCUGACUGACUCCAACAGCACGGCUGUGACUCUGGAGGCGCUCCACCAGCUGGCUGCCUCCUACUUUAUAGAUCGAGAGAGCACGCUGCGCAAGCUGCACCACCUCCAGAUCGCCUCCACUGCCAUCAAGGUGACUGAAACAAGGACAGGCCCACUAGGAUGCAGUAACUAUGACAACCUCGAUUCUGUCAGUUCAGUUUUGGUUCAGAGUCCUGAAAACAAGAUUCAUUUACAAGGGCUUCAAGCCAUUCUGCCAGGGUACCUGAGAAGUCGAUUUGUCCAGGCAGCUCUCAGCUAUAUCGGCUGCCACUCUGAGGGCGAAUUUAAGUGCAGGAACAACGACUGCUGGUGUCAGUGCAGUGUGGAUUACCCUCAGUGCAACUGCCCCAGUAAGAACCUGGAGGCCAUGCAGGACAGUCUGAGGCUCAUUAGAGAGUCUUGGAGCCAAGCCAACCAGGAGUUUGAGGAAUCAGAGGAGUUCCAGAAUUUUGUGAGAAGGUUACCAACUUUCUACUCUCUGAACACAUCUGCUGUGCAGUACUUUUGGAAAAUGGACUCCGGCGUUCACCAUCGCUUUCAACUGCUGGAAACUAGCACUCGACAGCUCCUCAGCAAAGCACAGCGGAUAGUCAGCAAACUCUUCGCCCUCAGUAAGAGAUGCCGAAGUCAGCCCAAAAUAUCCGUACCCAGAGAGAGGCCUUUCAGCUACUGGUUGAACUACAUCCUUUCAAUAAUGUACUGCAGUGAGAACAACCAGAUAGGCACCUACAUGGAGGAGAUGCGGGCCUGCUCCUGUCAGUAUGAUACUCCGUCCUGCCAGGGCGUCAUUCCAUGCACAGUGGGCGACGGGCCCCUUUGUGCUUCAUGCUCUUAUGAAAACCGUUCCCGGUGUGCUAGCUGCAAUCCGGGAUACAUGCUGAGCCAGGGGACCUGCAGGAACAUCAUUCCUGACUCCACCGACAACUACAUUGGCUUUGAGACAGACCUCCAAGACCUGGAGAUGCGCUAUCUCCUCCAGAAGCGCGAUGGGCGAAUCAGCAUUCACGCCAUGUUUAUUAGCAACGAUGUAAGGCUCAACAACUGGUUCGAUCCCUCGUGGAGGAAGAGGAUGCUCCUGACGCUGAAAAGCAACAAGUUUAAGUCCAGUCAUGUUCACAUGCUGCUCGGCAUCUCCCUGCAAAUCUGCCUUACUAAGAACAGCACCCUGGAGCCCGUGCUGUCUGUGUACAUUAACCCGUUUGGAGGUAGUCACUCCGAGAGCUGGAUCAUGCCCAUAGACCAGAACAAUUACCCAGACUGGGAGAGGACCAAGUUAGAUAUCCCACUUGACUGUUAUAACUGGACAUUAACUCUGGGAAACAAGUGGAAGACGUUUUUCGAGACGGUGCACGUAUACCUGAGGAGCCGCAUCAAAGCAGCCUCGGCCCAGGGGAACGGCACCGUCUAUUUCGAACCACUGGAGUACAUGGACUCCUCGCGGAAUCUGGGUUACAUGAAAAUCAACAGCAUGCAGGUGUUUGGUUACAGUAUGCACUUUGAUCCAGAGGCCAUCCAGGAUUUGAUCCUGCAGCUGGAUUACCCGUACACACAGGGCUCGCAGGAUUCUGCCCUUCUGCAGCUGCUGGAGAUACGAGAUCGCGUGAACAGGCUUUCUCCGCCGGGCCAGCAGCCUCUGGACCUGUUCUCCUGCCUACUGCGCCACCGCCUCAAACUCUCCGCCACUGACGUGGUCCGAAUUCAAUCUGCUUUGCAAGCCUUCAGUGCCAAGCAGCCCAAUUCAAUGGAGUACGAAACCACCAAACUAUGUAGCUAAUCAAACACUUUACGCUAAUCGUCAUCAAUUAUCUGUUGGUUUUACUGUAGCGGUGACCUGAUCGCACCUCUGGGAAAUGCUGAACUGCUUCUGGGGUCAUUUUCUCCCCCUGAGGCAUUAGAUAGAACUUUCAAUAACACAGUGGACCCCUUCAAAUCACCACAAAGGGCCCACACUUUCUGCCUUUUUCUUUUUAAAACUACUGUUUUGAUUUUUAGAGUUUUAGUAGCAAUGGACACGUAGUUCUCAUAGAAGUAGGACAGAUCCUUAUACAGUAGAGUAGGUCAGAUGUAAAAAUGUAGAAAACGGCUCUCACUACCUUUUCGCAUGUCUUUUUCAUUGCAUCACUUACUCAGUGUGGCUUAUGUGCGUAACAGAGGCAGUAAUCGUGCGAUAAGCCCAACAUCGUCAGUGUAAUCAGGCCCUCCUGCGAUGAAAAUGAGUCCAGACUGCUCAACUGUACUGUUCUGUCUGUCAGUCCUGUAACACUUACAUAAAUAUACAGUAUCUGAUUCAGCAGAAGAUGGUUUUGUUGGUAGAAGUAUUUUUCAGAUAUUUGUACAAAUAUGAAUAUAGAAUGAAUUUUGUUGGAAUAAAAAACUGAUGCGCCAGUCCUAAUUAUACGUCCUGUUACAUGUGCUUUUAUUUUUAUAAACCUUAUUAUUAUUAUUUGUGACAAGUCGCAGAGGUAAUAUCCAUGAAAUGUAUAAAACAUGGGUUUGGUAAUACACUAAAUAAAAUACCUUUUUUU